CCUCGGUUGGACUCUCUUCAGCUUUCCCUCCAAAAUCCCGGCUUUUAAAAAGUCCUGAUUCACAUCCUUAUCCUUAUCCUUAUCCUUAUAUUCAAAGAAUAUCUUCUUGAAUGACAUCCUCACUUCCUCCCAGGCUGUUAGCAAUAUGCCUGUGGAUCAGAUGCUCCACCUGAGAAUCGACGGCCCUAUGAACAAUGUCGAUAUGGUGAUCACUCCUCCCGCCGAGAGCGACUUGAAUCUUGAGAACAAAGCCCUUGAGCAGCCCAUUGUGACCGGAUCUUUAAAUCGCAUAUAUCGAUUUACACCACGGCACCCUACGAAUCGUCGAAGUAUCCAACAGUCAUGUGGAAGUCUUCAAGCGCCCACGAGACCAACUGUUAACAAAGAAUGUCUACGAUCUCCCCCUUCCAUCCUCCCGGCCCCCGACAUCGCCUCCCUGAGUGGUGCCCUCGGCACUGCCAUAUCAACUCGCGAAGUGCAGGUCAUCAAGCGUAUUCAGUUGGCAAAAGCCAACGCCUUGUUUUCACUCAGCGUGACACCCAUAUUUGAAGAUGACUCCCUGAUCUACGUACUACUGGAAGCCCAGCGGACCAAACACCAACGGAACAGGUCGAAUUCCAUGAGCGAACAAACCUAUCUCAACGAAACCUACAAAAUCUUGGUCGACACCGUGAAGGAUUAUGCCAUUUUCAUGCUGGAUACGAGCGGCCAUAUUGCGACUUGGAAUUCUGGCGCCGCUAUUUUGAAGGGGUACACAUCAUCCGAGAUCAUCGGCCAGCAUUUCUCCAUCUUUUACGGUCGCGAAGACCGCGCAAUGAAAAAGCCCGCCCGCGAGCUAGAGGUCUGUUUACAAGAAGGAAAAGUGGAGGAUGAGGGCUGGCGUUACCGCAAGGAUGGUACCCGGUUUUGGGCCAAUGUCAUGAUCACCGCCAUCUAUCAGAAUAGCAGCCAUGUGGGAUUCGUGAAAGUUACCCGCGACAUGACCGAACGCCGGGCGACAGAGGCCCGUUUGAUUGAUGCAUUUGAAGAAUCUGCCAAGCUGAAGUCUGACUUCUUGGCCAACAUGUCCCACGAAUUGCGCACCCCGAUGAACGGAAUGCUCUUAGCUUUGACAAUGCUACUGAGGACCGAAUUGACUGAUGACCAGCGGGAAUUCGGGUCCAUCCUGGAAGACUCAACCUCUAUCUUGCUGCAGGUCAUUAACGAUGUGCUAGAUUAUUCUAAGCUAUCGUCGGGAACCUUCCCCUUGAACCCAGACGUUGUCAACAUCCCCAACGUGAUCUCUGCUGUAGUUCGGAAUUGUCAGUCAGCACUCAAGCCUGGUGUCGAAAUCAUAGGCGGUGUUAGCGAAGGCUUUCCUCCAAACCUCAAAGGUGACCCGCUGCGGUUCCGUCAAGUUCUGCAAAAUAUGGUCACCAACGCAGUCAAAUUUACUGAGAGUGGUCAUGUUCGAGUUCAUGCCGCUUAUGACAUCGAUGAAAAGGACCCUGAUAUGUAUGUGAUUUCCACGAAGGUAGUGGACACGGGUAUCGGCGUCCCUGAAGAUGCCACGAACACCCUCUUCACCCCCUUCACGCGAUUCGCGGACACGGCCGCAAAAAGAUACCAGGGUACUGGCCUUGGUCUGUCGAUAUGCAAGAGCCUGGCUGAAUUGAUGGAUGGAGCGGUUGGAUUCCAUGCCAACCCCGACGGACCCGGCAGUGUGUUCUGGAUGACAGCUAAGAUGGCUCGCCUUACCUCACCAGUAUCUCCAGUGAAACAGAGGUUGCAACCGGCUAUACCUGAGGCAUUGGAUAAUUCCGCCUCGCUCCAGAAGAUCGCCCCACACAAACACAUCCUCCUAGUCGAAGACAACAAGGUCAACCAACUUAUCAUGUUGAAACUUCUCAGCAGCUUGGGUUUCAAGCGCGUCGAUGCUGCCUGGGAUGGAGCGGAAGCAGUGCGUAUGGUCAAGCAGAAGCCUUUGACCUAUAAUGUGAUCCUAAUGGACAUCAGCAUGCCGGUCAUGGACGGAUUGACCGCCACUGAGCACAUUCGACGGAUGAAACUCGAUGUGCCCAUCCUUGCAUUGACGGGCAAUGCUCUCAAGGGAGAUGCAGAGACCUACCUGGCCAAGGGGAUGGACGAUUACAUCGCUAAGCCAUUGCAUCGGCAGCAGCUGGUGGAUUUAUUAUGGAAAUGGUGCGGAUCCUGA